AUGGCAGGAUUCCUCAGAGGUGGCGGAUCCGGUGGGGCCGGUGGUGCGGGCUACGGCAGAGUCAGCAGUGGCGCAGGCGGCAGCAACCCUUACGGCGACGGUGGCAGCAACCCACAUACAUCCGCCUCUGCGUCGGGUGGUCGGUUGGCUGCUGCGGGCUACGGUGGCGGAGGAGGCGCAGGUUAUGGCGGCGGAGGAGCUGGCUUUGCGGCAAGUGCUGGUGCUGGUGCUGGCAGUGCACCUCGCUCCAGCGGGGCCGCAGGGUAUCGAGGUGGUGCUGGCUUUUCAGGCGGUGCUGGCUUCUCGGGCGGCGGAGGAUAUGGCUCCGAAAAGGCACCGCCUCAGCGCGCUUCGGGCGGCGGGCAUCUCAUUGUCAAGUGCCCCGACCAGCUCGUGCUCUCCAACUGCCUCAUCAUCAACGGUCAGGAGUGGGGCUCGACGCAGUACGUGCUCGUCGAAGGCAUGUACGUCUUCACUGCCCAGGCUGACUCGACAGGCACGAUCCAACCAGGCACGCUCGGUACGGCGCUGCUGCAACGAAAGUGGGCUGGCCUCUCCAUCCCGGGCCACGUUGUUCAAGCUGAGAGCUACGACCCUUUUGCGUUCGGCAACAGCGUCUAUCUCGGCAGCAUCGAUCUGGAGGUGGCUUACUUCCGCAAGGGCGAGGUAGCUUCGCAGGCGUACGAUACGGCCGAAAUGGCCAAGCUGUUUGGACGCGCGUUCGAAAACCACAUCUUCACCACGGGCCAAACGCUUGUAUUCGAGUUCAAGGGCAUGAAUCUGGUGGUGACGGUGAAGGGAGUAGAGGUGGUAGAGCUGCACGAGAUCCAGCAGCGGAGCACCAAUGCUCCGCCCAGUAGCCACGGCGCAUCCCACCCCAGUCGCUCUGAUCGCGGCAUUUUGAUCGCCCAGACACAAAUCAACUUUGCCGCCGCCCGCGAUGGUGGUGUCAAGUUGAAAGCGUCUGGUAACCGGCCCCCACCCAAUGCCAUCUUGCAGCCCAAUUUCAAGUUCGAAGACAUGGGCGUUGGUGGUCUCGACAAGGAAUUUGCCAACAUCUUCCGACGAGCUUUCGCAUCUCGUAUCUUCCCGCCCGCGCUCGUCGAGAAGCUCGGCAUCCAGCACGUCAAGGGUAUGGUGCUCUACGGCCCUCCAGGAACCGGUAAGACGCUGCUUGCGCGUCAGAUCGGCAAGAUGCUCAAUGCGCGCGAGCCCAAGAUCGUCAACGGUCCCGAGGUGUUUAACAAGUUUGUCGGUGGCAGUGAGGAAAAUGUACGCAAGCUCUUUGCCGAUGCCGAGGCGGAGCAGAAAGCAAAGGGGGACGAGUCUCAGCUGCACAUCAUCAUCCUCGAUGAGCUGGACGCCAUGGUCAGGCAGCGUGGAUCCGGCGGAGCAGGCGCAACCUCGGCCGGAGACAAUGUCGUCAACACGCUUCUUGCCAAGCUCGACGGUGUCGAGCAGCUCAACAACAUUCUUGUCAUUGGUAUGACCAACCGACUGGACAUGAUCGACGAAGCGCUUCUGCGUCCCGGUCGUCUUGAAGUGCACGUCGAGGUCAGCUUGCCGGAUGAGUUUGGUCGUCGUCAGAUCCUCAACAUCCACACCAGUAAGAUGCGCAGCAACGGCGUGAUGGACAGCGACGUCAACAUCGACGAGCUCGCCGCGGUGACCAAGAACUUUUCUGGUGCCGAGAUUGCCGGUCUGAUCAAGUCAGCGACUUCGUUCGCUUUCAAUCGCCAUGUCAAGGUCGGCACGAUGGCGGGCAUCUCGAACGAUGUCGAAAACAUGAAGGUACAGCAUCAAGACUUUUUGAACGCGCUGGAAGAAGUCAAGCCCGCGUUUGGUGUUGCUGAAGAGGAGCUCUCGCAGGUGGUGCAGAACGGCAUCAUGCACUUUGCCCCGCACAUCGAUGUCAUUCUGCGUGACGGGCACCUCCGUGUCGAGCAAGUGCGCACGUCGCAGCGAACCCCGCUCGUCACCGUGCUGCUGCACGGUCCUCCCGGCUCGGGCAAGACAGCGCUUGCUGCCACAAUCGCCAUUGCCUCCGACUAUCCGUUCAUCAAGCUCAUCUCGCCCGAGAACAUGAUCGGCAUGGGCGAUGCGCAGAAGAUCAACUACCUCAACAAGGUGUUCAAUGAUGCGUACAAGUCGCCACUGUCGAUCGUUGUGAUUGACAACAUUGAAAAGAUCGUCGAGUGGGUGCGCAUCGGCCCUCGUUUCUCGAACUCGGUGCUACAGGCGCUUGCUGUCCUGCUGGGCAAGCGUCCACCCAAGGACAAACGACUGUUGGUGCUGGCAACGACGUCGAACCGAUCCAUGCUGCACGAGAUGGAGAUGCUCAACGCCUUCAUUGCCGAGAUCCGCGUGCCCAACAUUACGUCGCUACGAAGCGUCGACCAUGUGGUGCGACAGAUGCAGCUGUUCGACAACGACCACGAUGUUCAGAGAUGCCAGCAGCUGUUGGCGCAGGCCGGGCUAGGUGAGGAGGGGAGACUCAACAUUGGCAUCAAGAAGCUGCUCUCGGAGAUCGAGAUGGCGAGACUCGACAACGAUCCUGCUGACCGAUUGGCGUCGAGUCUGUCGAGUGUGCAGAGUACGGCCAUCGACGUGGACAUCGACGUCGGGCUCAGUUAG